AAGUAUAUCAAGAAGUUGUAGGUUUAAAAUAAGAGAUACAACUUCAGACGCAGAAAUUAAAGCAAAAUCUCGGUUGGUUCUGUUACUGCUUUUUGUUUUCUUUGUGCAUCACCUCUGAUUUGGCGAUCGUCAGACCAAAGUGAUUGUUAAAAUGGCUCAGAUCAGAAAAAUCUGCUGUAUUGGUGCUGGUUAUGUUGGUGGGCCCACAUGUAGUGUCAUCGCUCAGAUGUGUCCAGAAAUCGCAGUUACAGUGGUGGAUGUCAAUGAAGACAGAAUAAAGGCUUGGAAUUCUGAAAACCUUCCUAUCUUUGAGCCUGGGCUGCAAGAAGUGGUAGAGUCAUGUCGUGGUGUCAAUCUGUUCUUUUCUACGGAUAUUGAUGCAGCUAUUGUAGAUGCAGACCUCAUCUUUAUUUCGGUGAACACACCCACUAAGACAUUUGGAAUUGGUAAAGGGCGGGCUGCAGAUCUGAAGUACAUUGAAGCAUGUGCCCGUAGAAUAGCUGACCUGGCAUCUGGCUUCAAGAUUGUGAUAGAGAAGAGCACAGUGCCGGUGAGAGCAUCAGAAAGCAUUCGCAGAAUACUGACUGCCAACACCAAAUGUAGUCUGAGCUUCCAGGUUCUCUCUAAUCCUGAGUUUCUGGCAGAAGGAACUGCAAUUACUGACUUGAAGAAUCCUGAUCGAGUUCUUAUAGGCGGAGAUGAAACACCAGAAGGCCAACAAGCAAUUAAGACAUUAAGUUCUAUCUAUGAGCACUGGGUCCCCAAAAAUAAAAUCAUCACCACCAACACCUGGUCUUCUGAGCUUUCCAAACUGGCAGCCAAUGCGUUCUUGGCACAGCGAAUCAGUAGUAUAAAUUCUAUCAGUGCGCUGUGUGAGGUAACGGGUGCUGAUGUUGGGGAGGUAGCACAUGCUAUUGGAACAGACUGCAGAAUUGGCAACAAGUUUCUCAAAGCCAGUGUCGGAUUUGGAGGGAGCUGUUUCCAGAAGGAUGUCCUAAACCUAGUGUACCUUUGUGAGGCCCUCAACCUGCCAGAGGUAGCCAAUUACUGGCAGCAGGUAAUUGAAAUCAAUAACUACCAGCGCAGGAGGUUUGCAGCACGCAUCAUCGGGAGCCUCUUCAACACAGUGACAGACAAAAAGAUUGCACUUCUGGGGUUUUCCUUCAAGAAGGACACAGGAGACACUCGAGAGUCUUCAAGUAUUUACAUCAGCAAAUACUUAAUGGACGAAGGAGCCCACCUCCAUAUCUUUGAUCCAAAAGUGAAGAAGGAACAGGUGAUUCAGGAUCUGUCCCACCCCAGUAUUUCUGAGGAUGACCCAGACAGAGUUUUGCGCUUGGUCACAGUUUGUGCAGAUCCUUAUGAGGCCUGCAAUAAGGCACAUGCCCUUGUUAUAAGCACAGAAUGGGACAUGUUCAAGGAACUUGACUAUGAGCGGAUAUAUAAAGCUAUGCUGAAGCCUGCUUUCAUCUUUGAUGGCAGAAGGAUCCUUGAUGAUCUACAUGCAAAGCUGCAGAACAUUGGUUUUCAGGUGGAGACUAUUGGGAAGAAGAUCAGUCAACGACUCCCUUUUACAACAAACCAUAACCACUCUAAGGUAGAUCGUCAGUUCCCACCAACCAAGAAAAUGAAGAACUGAUUUGCACUGAGAGGAGACAUGGAGACUGUUCUACUGCAAAUACUUUAUAUCUAAUAUAUAAUUUUUUUUAUUUAAACAAUCACUUGUUUGAUGGACAUGUGAAAAUUCAUCAUAAACUGUACAAAUUGCUGAGAGAAUGUGGGUGGCUUAGGGUGAGUACAAACUCUCAGGUCACCCUCUUCACGGUUGAUCCUUUACUCUCCUCUGCUGAAGGAUGGGGUGGUGUCUUCUUUUCCAUGUAUGUUGACACUAUGAUAUGGGAAGUUUCUUUCUGCCACUCUCUUAUUUCUGCUUGUAGUUCCAUCUUCAUCUUUGGUAAGUGAAAGGAGUGGAAUAAUCCAAGAAAUAAGGAAUGUUGCCAUGUGUUUCACAAACAUUACAAUCACUUGAUAAAGCAUUGAGGAUUGUAGUCACUAAAUAAUGUUGGGCAUAUCAGUUUCAGUGUUCAUCUUCAGAUGAUACAUGUCUGCAUAAAUCAUGUUAAUCUUUCAGGUACAUGAGGGAAUAAUACUAGAGUAAUACCAAUAUUUAAAAAGUGUAACUCACUUGGAGCCUUUGUCCCUCACUGACAGUAGUAAAGCUAGGGUGGGACGAGAGAGGCAACUGCCCUGGGCACAAAGUGUUGGAGGGUGCAAUUAGCUGAUCCUGGUCACUCUUUAAUGUAAUACUGGCUUUUAAAAGCCAGUGUUGCAUUUGUGGUCAAACCUGAACGCUGUAAGUUCCAUGUGUGAUCUAAACUGUGGCAAAUGCUUUUUACAUUAUAGCAUACAGCUUGAUACAGUUUAAAAGUAAAAAAAACUUGUUUUUUUAACUAAAACCUGAGUGCUGUAGCACUCCAUGCUGCCAAGGUAUAAACUGUAGAAACUGUUUGCUACAUUUGUAGCAAGCAGUUUGCUACAGUUUAAAAAGACAUGUAUUCUUAAACUAAAACUUGAGCACUAAAGUGCUCUGUGCAGGCAGGUAUAAACUGUAGCAACAGUUUGCUACAUUUUAAAAGAAGAAAGGCUUUUUUUAAUAAAAUAUGUUAAAGGAGGGUUGGGGCAGAGCACAGAAAUGGGAACUGAAUGGGUGGGACUGGAGGGAGGGGUGAGUGUCAUGCAUAUCACCACCUGUUGGUGUGCCAGUAGGAACAUCCUUUUUGUUUUGCUGGGAGUGGCUUGCACAGAUCUAACUGUAAUAAGCUGAUCACUUUUUUUUUCUGCUCUUCAUCUGAAGAGCUGAGGUGGUGGGGCACGUGUUCAUAGCAUUGGUGCCCAGGGCUCUAAUUGAACCAGCUAUAUGUCUGCUCACUAGUGUAAUCUUAUCCAAGAUUCUUAAGUUGUUGACAGUUUUGACAGAAUUUAUCUACUGCUUACUUCAUCCUCAGCUACCUUCAGACUUGUGGGGGGGAUUUGAGCAGCUUUUGUCCGGCUGAGGCUGUGGUGUGUGUGUGUGUGUGUGUGUGUGUGUGUGUGUGUGUGUGUGUGUGUGUGUGUGUGUGUGUGUGUACUUGAAAUGAUUGAAGCAACAUAAGACUGACAGUAAAAUGAUCAACAGGAUAAUAUCUAAACUGAAAAAGAUCAAUGCUGAAAAACACUGACAAAGUUGAAGUUAAACCAGUGGAGGGUUUAUGUGCUUUACACACUGUUGUACAACCUCAGAGUUGGUAUAUAAUUAUAAGAGGCUGGAGGUGAUGCAGGGGUGCUUUAUAUCAGAUGCCUUAAUACACAUUCCAAAUAGUUCUUUGCCCCUAGUUUUCUGCCAAACAGGCACUGCUAAUGGGUAGGGCUAAGGAACUGAGCAAUUGUUUAUGCACAAAAGAGUUGAAUGUGAAUUGCCUUAUAAUGCCAUGCCCUUGUCUAUUUCCAGGACAUGCAGUUCAUCUUCUAGUAUCACUUUGUAUGUCUUACUUAUCUUAAAUGUAUUUAUGUCUUUUAUUACCUGUCUUAUUCAUGCUCAUUUGUGUGUAUUUUAUUCACACUUGAUUUUGUAAUUAGAAAUCAUGUUAUUUGUAUUUGCCAGAAUUUUUAAGUUAUCAAGUAUUUGUCUGAAGAUUGCAUUGUGAUUUACAAACAUUUGUUAUUUAUAUGAAAACAGAGUGAGCUUCUGUCUUCUACAAUUACAUGCCUUUGGAGUUCAAAGAUGUUUACAAAAUGAGAAGCUGCAGGACUCUUUUUCUGUAAGUUUUAGUUGAGAAGGCAAUGUUAAAAUAAAGUGACAUAUGACUUUUUAUAAUUUG